AAUCCACUAUAAUCUCAAUUGCUAAGUGGGUGUUUUUUUCUUUUAUUAAGUUUGAUAUAAAGGAUACUCAACAUAUGUAAAUGUAAUUGCUUAGGAAAAUAUUAGUUUGUUACAUCAAAUUGGACUGUGUGGUAUGGACAUAUCAGAUGGAAUGGAUAAAUCAUGGAAUCAUGCAUGGACCACAGAGGAAAUGAGAACAAAAAGAAGAGAGUGGAGUUUGGCAGCUGAUGCAGGACUUCUUAAACAUCUCGAACAAUUUUCUGAAAACUUGGUGUCAAGGGCAAAUAAAACUGAAGAAACACUGAAUUCAUUGACGACUCAGUUAAAUGAAGCAGCUAUACUUAUUGAUAAUGUCACCAAUACAUCUUUGGCUUUAUCUAAUAAUCAGUUUAUUGAAAGUCGUGUGCAAGAAGAUGAUAUAGAGAUUGAAAAAAAGGAAACCUUGGCUCAGGAAUCUAAGAAUGAAGAUUUAGCAACUGCAGAUUUAAUAGCUAGUGUAAGUGAAAGUAUAAAAGAAGGCCUCAACAUAAUGGAUCAAAAAUAUAAGAAAAUGGAAUUUCUUGAUAGUGAUAGUGAAGAAGAAGACAAUGGAGUAGUAUUGCGUGUUGUAUUGGGGCCAAAUGAUCCAUACCAACAUCGGCCUUUACCUUAUGUCAUUGGUUCCGAUCUAUGGAAAAAAUCAACUAAAAUUGGCCUGGAAAGUAGCAGUAGCAGUAGUGAAUCAGAACAAGUAGAAGAAGAAGAAGAAUCAAGAAGUGAUAAUGACACAGCAACACUUAGGGGUUAUAAUAUUGAUACUGGUCCAAAACCAAACAUAGUUGGAUUAUCACCUUCUUUGAUUGAAUCAGAUUACAGUAGAAGAAGUGAUAUAACAUAUACAGACAAUGAUAAGUUAGAUGUAGUUAGUCAAAACAAUAUGCAUUCUGCUUCUGAAUCAAUUUCUCCUAAUGAUAAUACACCGAAGGUACCAUUAUCAAACGAUUCAACUCCAAAUUUUGCGGAAGAGUUAGCUAAGCGCUUAGGUACAGUUCGGCAAGCUGAGAAACCAGUCAUCGUGGAUGAAAAAAGUGAAGCAUCGAUAAAUCGAUUGAAAGACGAUUUAUUUACACCAGACGGACAUGAGAAUGCCUUAAAUGAUAAGUCGAAAAGUAUAUUUAAUGAAAGUGAAUUUUUAAAUGACCAAGCCUCUGAAAGUUUAUGGAAAGAAAAACCUAUUAAAUCAUACAAGAAUAAUAUUAUACCUGCUAGUCUCGAUGUACCGCCACCCAUUAGUACAGUUUCUACGCAACCAAAAUCUGCGAUCGAUGAUCUUUUCGGUGAUGGUGACUCUGAAGAUUCCGACGACAUCUUCUCCCCCAAAAAUACAGUUAAAACAGUUGCUAAAACCAAACAUCCAAAUAAUAGCAAUGUUAAUACAGAAAUUGCUCAGAAGAAAUUUUUAGAUACUGUAGCACCAUCAGUUAUUAGUAACAGAGCAACAAGUACACCGGAGACUAAUGCAAACAAUAGUAAUUUAUUUAGCGACGACGAUGAAGACGAUCUAUUUGGCUCGUUUAAAAAUCCAGUCUCGAAUAAGAAAGGCGUGGAAAAUAAAUUAUCGAAUAGAAUCAUACGAACAAAAUCAUCUGAAUCUUCUGGUAGUGACCCAUCAGCAGCCAAUCAAGAGUCCGUGCAGGACAAUUUGCGGAAUACUCAUUCUAACGAUAAUAAUGCCACUGACCGGAGUUCCAUCGUGAUGGCAAGGAAUAACGCAGAAAAUCUAACCGCUACCAAUGAAAGCACCAACACUAGCGGGAUAUCGAUCCAACCACCGAGCAUUAAUAUCACCGGAUGUUCGAGUAUCAGAGUCGCCAGCGACAGCCUGUUCACGGCGCGAAGCCCUAACCCGGUCAAUGCCACCGCGAAUUCGAAUUUGACUAGUAAUCAGCCGCAAGAGGAACCGACCGAGGAAUCUAUCUCCACGCAGGAAGACGACGUGUUCGAGAACGAGGACUUGUUUGGUCCGCCGCCGUUACCGAAGGCCGACACGAAGCCGGUGAAAUCGAAGGUCUCGUUCUUGUUCGACGACUCCGAUUCCGGCGACGAACUGUUCUCGACGACCAGUUCGGGCUCGAGGUCGCAAAAGAGCACCGAUUUCUUGACCGCCGCUGGUACACAAUAUUCGGACAAGGCGAAGGUCACCCAACGAAAAGGGCUGUUCGACGAGGACAUCGAUGUAUUCGGCAGCAAAGAUUCACCGGAUGUCGACAUAUUCGGGAUAGCUGCGUUCAAGUCGGUGCAAGAGGAAACUAACGUUCCCGGGAAGAGGCCGUCGGACACCACCGACGAUGGUCUUUUCGCGAGAACUAUCAAAGAUACGAUGUCCAAGAAGAAUGACGUAGAUAAACAAUCGAGUAACAUGCCGAAGAAGAUCAGUCUGUUCGACGAUGACGAGGAUAACGAUGACGGUGAUCUUUUCGCCGCGAAACCGAUCAGCAAUGAGAGUAAAACCGAAUCCCAACUGUUAAACAACGAGGGCGACGGUGACCUGUUCUUGAUUAAAAAAACGAACGAUGCGAAGCAAACGAACGUUAAGCAAUCUGUUGGAACGGGUUCAGCGGGGAAAGACAGCGUUGAGCAAGAAUCCGUCCGUAAAACGGAAAACAAGAGCGGCGGUAUUUUAUCAGGAAAUGGACUGUUCCCAGACACCGUUUCGUCCCACGGAUCGAUCUUCGAAGACGAUGACUACUUCAGCAGGAGCAACGUAACCAAAGAGGAAAAGAAACAAGAUGAGAAGGCUACACCACAGAGCAAUAUAGUUACGGAUAUAGUGUCCGUUAUGGGGACUGAAGUUACGGUCGGUAGUAAUACAUUUGAUGACAAUAAAAAAAUAGAUACAUUUGAGAAAGGUGAAUCUCGAACGACUUAUGAAGAACCUGCGGCUGUAGAGACCGCAGAAACUGAACCAAAGAAGAGCCCACCGCGAUCGUUGGACAUUCAAACGACCGUUUCGUCGUCGUCGUCCAAUGAAAAUGACCAAGCCGCUCGACGAACGGUGUCCGGGAAAAUUAAGAAUCUGAUGGGAAAAAUGGGCGAUUUGAAAAUACUCUCGCCCAUGGACACUCCGCCAUUGUGGAGGAGGAGCGAAGAAAAAACGGACGAGGACGAUAGCAUAACGGAUAGAGACAGUGACGACGGCGGAUGUAUUAGCACGCAAGGUCAUAGUUCGCCGCCUAGCGUAUCUGAAGACAGCACCGCUCAGAAACAGUCCUUGCAAUCAACAGUUUCGGGUGAAAGCAACGUGGAAAGUGCAAUCAGUUUCGAUGAGCCUGCUCAAGUGGAAACACUAUCUACUGCCGCCUCAAAGACAAGAGUCAGAAUUCAAGCGAAACGGAGACCUCAGAGCAGACACGCCCGAAAAACUGCGCUUAGACAUAGCGGGAUUGACUUCGACACCGUGGACGCCUCGGGAAGCAAUCCUCCGAAUGAAAGCUAUGGUGAUAAUCUAUCAGGCGGUCUUGCUAAAGAUCCUUCUAACCCUGCGAAUUCUAAUAUUCCUCAAAUCGCAAAUUCUGAACGUCUGGUUACGACAGGGAACGAUGGUUUUCAUCGGUUAAUCGAUCCAAACGUUUCGUUAGCCACGGACGAUAGAUCCGAGCUUGGUAGCAUAAGCAAGGAAAGUUCGAUGAGCGCGAAUAAGAACACUUUGUUGUCCCCAUCCACCGACGAGGAAGAUCUGUUUGACGUCCCACCGGAUUUACCGGAGGAUCCGCAAAAAGAGGACGCUCUGUUCGGUCGGGCGCCUAUUCUUUCGCCUGUCGAUCGUGUCCUUUCCGAGAAACCGGUUCCGGGCCUCAAACCGUUGAAGGACACCCACAUCAAAACAGUGGAUAAUAAUACAGGCGUAACUGUAGAAAAAAGCAAGGCUAUAAAUCAAAGUAGAAAGCCAACGGAAGCUAACAAUGAGUACGGUACGAGAGCUACGGUUCCUUCUGAAAACGAAAACGAUAACGAUGACGUUCACUCGAAAGAAAUGAUCGAUCCGUUAAGGGACAAUAAGCAUGAUCCCCUAAAGGAUCCCAGUCAACUGUUUGCGUUCGUCACGAAAACACCGUCCCCGGAGAAGGGCAAGAACUUGUUGUUCUCUGAGGAUGAUAGUCUAUUCUCCAGCGGCGCUAAAAGGCCAUCCGAGGACCAAACCGCCAAGAAGUCAGUGUUGGAUUUGUUCGCAGACGAUGCGGAAGGCGACCUAUUUUCGGCAACCUUGUCCAAACCAGUGAAAAAGUCAAUGAAAGACACGAAGAUCAGCCUGUUCGACGACGACGACGGCCCGGACGACGAGGAGGACAGUCUGUUCGGUCCUGUCACGAAGAAAUCGGCGGCGGGAGCUGAAAUUGAAAGGAAACGGUCGACUCAACAGCCCCAUAAGAAGAUAAGUCUGUUCGAUGACGGCAACGACGAUGCCAGUCUGUUCUCCGAAAAGUCGGAGCACGCACAGAAGUCUGACGCCGGAAGUGUUCAAGAGCCCCAGAACAAAAAUGAGAUACUUGCGAGUACUACUGAUCCCGUGAAGACCUCACAUAUUACAGACAUUUUCGGCGAUCAGUCGAGCGGCGAGGACGACAUUUUCGCCGCGAAGACGAUACUGAAGAAGGUCGUUACGACGAAGUCGUUGUUUCCGUCCAACGACGACGACGAUGAUAGUGAUAUUUUUGGGAAGAAAUCGUCGACGAGCGAACUGCGCGCACAACCGACGGAAACACGCGCUACCGUGAAAAAAUCGGUCACGAGGGAUCUAAGAAAGACUGCUGAGAAGAUCGGCGAGGAUCCGUUGAGUAUCUUACAGGACGAUUAAAAUGUCGUUACUGUCUGAUUCGUAUUGGAGAAAUUAUAUAUUUUAUUUAUGCUCCCUGUUGCAAAUUUCCUUCGGAGUUGAUUUUGAAAUUAUAACGUAUUAUAUUAGAAUCGAACGCGUAAAGUGCGUUUAAAAUGUAUAUUUAUCGAAAGAACAAUUGAAUUGCGGAUAUAUUAACUGUGUAUAAAUGAUUGAACAAAAAGGAGAACGCUGUGCGUUACAAAAAAAAAAAGAAAGAAACAAAUGGGUACUGUGCAAAGAUAAAGCGAAUUUAGUUAUAAUGCCUGAUUUUAUUCACCCCUUUUAGACGGCGAAAAUUGCGAAAUACAUUAUAAUUUGUGAAAUAUACGAACAAAGAUAUUUUACAGUAUUUUUCCACGAAUACUUUAUCGAAUAGGGAUCCUUAGGAUAUCGAGUCGGAUUAGACCAAUUUUUUUCUUUUAAACAUCGAAAACAACGAACAACAGAAUAGUAUACGGAUAAGAUAGAAACGAAGCCGCUUUAUUGAUUUAUUGUAUUAUCGAUUUGUAAUUGUUCAACAAUUUUGCAUAAUCAGUCUGCAGGCAGUGCUUUAUUAAUAGAUGUUAUAUAUUUUCUUUGUUUAUAAUAUAUGCCGCUCCAUUAUGUAUUGUAUAUAUUGUAUCCCCUUUAUGAAACAUGUGUAUCAGUACAAAUAAAUUGGUA